AUGGCAGGACAUAGAUUUCCCAACGGAAUGCCUGUUCCGAGCAGAGCACACGUUUUCUUGGCGAAGUUACUUGGAGGAUCUAUGACCUUUUGGAUACUCUAUCGCGGAAGGCAGGAUAUGCCAGUUGUUCUGGUAAGUUCGAAUUUUCGGUUAUACAUUGUCAAGGAGUAUUUUACCGCUAGUUCUCAUCCAAAAGUCAAUAUUCCAUUAAUUAUCACAGCACUUGAGACAUCCUUGGGAUGGACAUCAUGA